AUGGCGUCCGACGCAGCCAACCUCACCGAAUCCGGCAUAACCAUCCCCUCGGACAGCGAAAACUACGAUGCAAACAACGAGCUCUCUUCCUCCUCUCCAGCGUCCUCGAGUUCUACCCCUUUGAUCCUCUACAAGCCUCCGACAAUCUGGGGGUUACUCCGUGGCGCAGCCAUCAACCUGUUCCUGCCGUUUGUCAAUGGACUCAUGUUGGGCUUUGGAGAGCUGGUCGCAAACGAAGCUGCGUAUCGGUUGGGCUGGAGUGGCACAAAGAUCUUCCCGUCGCACCGCUCCGGAUCCGACUCUCGACGUGUGGGCCCUGGUGUAGAGAUGCGCGCUGAUCCUGUGGAGCGAAGGCGGAGGAAUGGCCAGGAAUUGGACAUGUACACGUCUCUUGAGUAG